CAUCAUUAGAGAGCAAAGUGAGUUGUUCUUGUAGGCCACUAUAUUGGACAAACAUAUAUCAUUACAGUCCACCUCUGUUCCCCUCGUAAACUCCAGAUUAAGCUUCUUGAGUAGUAUAAAUCCUAGGAAAUUAAAACUAAAGCUACUACCUUAUCAAGAAUGUCUAAGAUUCAUCCGGAUGCAGAGAACAACAGAGAAUAUAAUGAUCAUGUGGAGUCGAAGGAAUGUAUUGGUGAUGGUCAUUUGCUCACCGUGUGGAAGAGAUCAAGCAUGAGUUUUCAGGGGACUGAUGGAUUCACUGUUUUUGAUCAACAUGGAAGAUUGGUUUUCCGGGUCGAUAACUACUCGAGGAAGAACGGGUUUGUUGCAGGUGGAGGUCUUGUUCUCAUGGACGGAGCUGGAAAUGCUUUGCUAACUUUGAAAACUCAGAUACUGAGGGUGCAAACCCAGUGGGAUGCAUACAGAGGAGAUCAAAAUGAAUGUGGGAGGAGUUCCAAUAAGUCCAUAGUAUUCUCAAUGAGGAGCUCCUCCUCGGGGCUUUUCCGCAACAGGAAAGACGCGACAGAUGUGUUCAUGGGAGGAGUUCGAAGGCAGAACCAGACACCAGAGUACAGGAUUGAGGGAUCUUUUAGGGCAAGAGAUUGCAAAAUCAGGAAGGCAAGUGGACAAGUGGUUGCCAGAAUGGCUAGGAAGAGAGUGAACACCACAGUCUUGCUAAACAGUGAUGUGUUUAGCCUAUUUGUUCAACCGGGUUUUGACGCUGAGCUUGUUAUGGCCUUUGUGAUUAUACUAGAUCGUAUGUCCAGUAAGCCUUUUACCCCGCUUUUGUGUUCUUGAUCAUUCUUGAAUAUAUGUACAUGUACAGAGAAAAGAGGAAAGAAAGUAGACUAAAGCCAUUCACACAAUCUUAUACCAUGUCUUUGUACCACAGCAUGUAGCAUAUAUUGAGUCAACUC